UGAACUUUUGCCAACUGGUAAUUAUGGGAUGCCAUGGCUGGAAAGAGUGAUCCUCGCCACCUCAAUAUCACUAAAUUUCUGCACAUUAUUUGUCAUUAAUGUCAUCAUGCUUUUUGUCCUGAGGAGUAAGCCAGUGUUUCGUGAGACCUGUCGUUACAUUCUUCUGUUUAACCUUCUUUCUGCAGACACUUUGCAGAUGGCAGUGUGUCAGAUACUGUACAUACUGUCUACUUGUAGAAUAAUGUUGUUGUAUCCUGUGUGUGGUAUUUUGGUCAUGUUUACCUAUCUCACAACUGAAAUCUCUCCUCUCACUUUGGUGGUUAUGUCUUUGGAGAGAUAUGUAGCUGUGUGUCACCCUCUGAGACACGCUGCUGUCGUUAACAUCAGAAAUACUGGGGUGGCCAUCUUUACAGUGUGGGCCCUGGGUUUACUGAACAUCCUCACCAGAGUUAUUUUUCUGUCAAGUUUCCCAUUUGAAGAUCUGGAGAGCCUGCAGAUGAAGCAAAUAUGUAAUGCGCUUUUUUUGUUUCUUGUCCCGAUAUCAUACGAUUAUGACAAAGUGUAUAGCUGUUUGUUGUUUGUUUCAUCUGCUGUUGUUAUCACUUCCUCUUAUAUUGGUGUGGUAAUAGCAGCCAGGUCGGCCUCCACAGACAAAGCAUCAGCACAAAAGGCUCGUGACACUGUGCUGUUGCAUCUGCUUCAGCUGGCCUUCAGUCUCUUGUCAACAUUGCACAACUCUGUCAUUGUCUCUUUAUCACAACUUGUCUCAAGACUUGCAUUUGUGCGUAUAAUGAAUGUCUUGUUUGUCUUUAUUAUCAUACUUCCCAGAUGUCUGAGUGCUUUAAUUUAUGGAUUCAGAGACCAGACAAUCAAACCUAUCUUUUUUAAACAUCUAGGCUGUCAAUUUAAACUGUUAUCCCGAAAAAACUGAGCCCCGCUUAAGGUGUUGAGAUUUUGAA